GGCCGGGAGUGUUAUUUUCCAAUAGAUUAUACUUCAAUGAAUACAUAAACAGGCUUUUUUUUACAAAAAUUUCCCUUGCGCGAUUUUCGCGACGUCUGUUUGUAAAGCGCUGUGAAUAUCAUUUCCCCCUUGCUGACCCUCAAUUGGUACAUCCGGGAACUUUGAAUUACGCAAUGCUCGAUAUUCUCGAAACUGUCAUGGCGGAAGCGUACAUGUCAGACUCGUCAGACGACGGCGUGGAUAGCCAAAAUAGCACUUUGUAUGACUCUAGCGACAGCGAUGUUUCACUGGAUCUCGACAACAUCCAGCCUUACAUGCACGAGCCGCAGCAAGAGCGGGAAGAACCUCAGAAUGAAGGAGAAGCGGCCGUGCCCGGUGCUGUUGGACCGGGGAAUCUUCAAGCAGUCCCGAUAGCCGCUUGGGACGGCAUCGAUGUUGAGACAGAAGCCUGGAGAAGGGCCAACUUGAAAUUUGGUGUCGAUGCGGCAACUGUGACUAUAUGGAUACUGUCAGAGAAUGCGUAUGCUGCCACGAUCUCGUCGAACUUACCGACCCUCCGCCUGUUGUCGUGGAAGACUUUGAUAAUGGCGGUAGAGGGGUGGGCGUCGGUCCCGACCAACUCAAGUGUAUAACUCUGGACAGUGAGUUUCAUCCCAUCUGCAUCCUGAGAGCAGCACUGAAGACUGCGCUGUUACAGCGGCAGAAUCUCGGACUUGAGAACGUCCGAGAACCGCUUAGUUACAGAAUCCUGAGGCUGUCUGCAUACAGACAGUUUACCUGCUGGGUACACAAACGGCGGCUGGGGAAAGGUGUCCGGCGGGUUGCUCCAUCAUGUGCUGUUCUCAGGAUCCGGCAGGAAUACCCUAGUCCAGAUGGGAACUACGUCGGUUUCCUGGAGGCUGACGACUAGGAUAGAAGGACUUCUGACGUUUUUGUUUUACCUCUGUUACCCGUACUCUAAAAAAUGCCUUUGUUCUUAUUUUUCUCUGUGCACGCAUUAUAACGGUACAUUACUACUAGUAUACGAACAAUGUACGGCCGGCUGUUGUUCUAGACAUAUAUAAUACACUUACUUGUAACUGUUCUCGUUAGUCUUUUAGUUCAGUUGUCGAAAUGUUGCAGUGCAUGUACCACAAUUGCUGACUUUUCGUGCAAACUUGGUGCAACAACAAUAGAGACAAUACAAUAGGUCUGUACAACUAAAUUAUCAGUAAAUACAUCUUGGUAAAGGAUAUUUUGAGUGCAAUUUGAUUUGUACAGUCAUCUACAACUUUAUGUAUGAUGCCAAUGAUAAGCACAAUCACUGUCCUUACAUGUACUGUAACUGGUUUGCCAUUUCUUUGAAAUAAAAGAAACAUGGUUU